UGACAGGUGUCAUUCAUUGGACUGCGGUGACAUCACCCGGAUUGUGACUGACGAGUGUUUUGGUCCUGCUCCACGCAGGAUGCCUUGCGGGUGGAGCAUUCACCCCGUGCUUCUCCUCCUGCUGCUGGGGGCCCUGGAUGUGGAAGCGGAACAGGAAGUCCCGCCCUGCCCGGCCCGCUGCGCCUGCUAUGUCCCCAGUGAGGUCCACUGCACCUUCCGGUCUCUGACAUCAUUUCCUGCGGGGCUUUCGCGGAGUGUGGAAAGGGUCAACCUGGGGUACAACGGCAUGACGUCACUUCCUGUUUCUGCCUUGGUGGGGCUAACACGGCUCCGCCUCCUCCUCCUGCACGGGAACGAGAUUGAGGAAAUUCCCUACGGCGCCAUGAGUGAUCUAGGAGCCCUGCAGGUCCUGAAACUGAGCUACAACCGCCUGCACACGCUGACGUCAGGGUCCCUGCGUGGUGCGCAUGCACUGACACGGCUGCACCUGGACCACAACCGCCUGACGUCACUGGACGCCAAUGCACUGCUGGGGCUGACAUCGCUGAGGCUGCUGACACUGGAGGGCAACGCGCUGACAUCACUGCCACCCGGAGGGCUGGCAACCCUCAACCUCCUUGGGGGGCGGGACUUCUGGGCUGGAAGCCCCUUCAGGGUGUCAACACUGCGGCACCUGUCGCUUGCUGGGAAUGCAUUGACAUCACUUCCGCCCACACUGCUACUAGCCGCACCACUGCUGGAGACACUUUCACUUCACGGGAACCCCUGGGCCUGCAACUGCGAAAGCGCAGCCUGGGUUGGCGAAUGGACAGCCAGGAUCAGAGCUGCUCUGCGCUGCCGGAAGGACAAAGGUGCAGAGGCCGGGAUUUCCUGCCCCGUCUGUGCUGGCCCCGCCCACUUCCUGUCUCGGGACCUGCGCGACCUCGAAGCCGGUGACAUCACCUGCGCCACCCCUGCCAUAUACUCCCCUCUGCGGAACAGGACCCGCGGACCGGAAGGAGAAGUAAUGGCAGAUGAGGAUGACGUCAUGGCGCUCAGCAACCUCGACAUCGGCCUGGACCUAGCGGACGCACACGGGAACCGCGUGACGCUGGCCUGUGACCCAAGCGGGGCAGGGCCUCCACAGAUGACAGAUGUGCUCGCGGUACAGCCGCAAGGAGAAGGGGCGAGACUAAGCGUGGAGGCAACGAUGACGCUCGCCCUGUCCUGCGAGGUGACACGCGACGCCCACGAGCGGGCAUGGCGGCUGCUGGCCUACUAUAGUGACGUCAGCGUGUCGCUGGGAGCCAUAACUGAACGCGGAAGCUUCGCGGGCGAUGACGCCACUGCCUGCUAUGCCCAGGACCCGGAUGAUGGGGAAGCGCUCUACAACACGGGGCUUCAAGUAAACCUGACCACGCCCCCAGAGUGGGUGUGGCUACGCGCGCCCCGCCUUUUCCGCCUGCGCCUUGACCGGAAGCGUACUUCAGCCCGGCGCAUGCUGCUGACCUACGAGGCGCGGGUCUCGCGGACACUGCCGGGGACCGAAGGGGACGGUGACGUUAUUCUCAACGGUACCGAUGACGCCAUAUUUAGCGCUGGCGAUGACCUUACUUCCUGGGUCGCUAUCGCGCCCGACCCGAAUGCCGGCGGCGUCAUCGCCAUGGAGGGGGAGGAGGUCCGGCUGCCCUGUGACGUCACCGCCUCUGCGCCGGCCAGGGUUGCUUGGCGUCUCCCGGGCGGCGCCAUGGUAACGAGGACGCUGGCGGCACCGGAAGAUGAUGACGGGGAGCGGGAGACCCCGGCGCCGGGCGAUGACGCAUACCGAGAGAGGACACUGUCGGAACCGCAGCCUGAGGAAAUAACGCGGACGCGCGGUGAUGACGUUCGCGAUGCAGCGCCAGGGGCCUGGCGCAGCCAUAGUGGACGGAUUCUGUCGACUCGCAGUGGUGUCCUGAGAAACAAGCGGAGUUUUGGGACGCCUGUUGAUGACAUCAGCGAAGCCGCGCCAGACUCCUGGCGGAAGCGCAAACGGCACUCGCCUACCUCCGAUGUCACCAUCCUGCGCGAUGGCUCGCUGCUCCUCCGCGCGGCGCGGCCGGAUGACGCUGGCCGCUACGUUUGCGUCGCCACCGUCGGGUUCGGCGCCUCGCAGGACCGGGCGGUGCGGCGCCUGCUCGUGACGUCGAGCUCGGGUCCGUUGCGCGGCGAUGACGCAGCGACGCUGCAGAAGCCGCCGGGUGCCGCGUUGACGCUGCCCUGCUUCGUUUCGGGCGCCGCCGCCCUGGCCUGGGAGCUUCCUGGAGGGCGUCUGCUGCGUCGUGGGGUGAACACGUCAUCAGGCGCAGCCGUGGACGGGAACGGAAGUCUGGUGCUGGCGCCGUUGCGGGGCGGGGACUCCGGAUUCUUCCGGUGUCUGGCCGUCAAUCAAGUCGGCAGCGACGCCUUCGCCGUGGAGCUCGCGGUGGUUUCCGAGUCGCGAGGUGAUGAUGUUGGCGGUGUUGUCACCGGAGACGACGGCGAUGAGGAAGCCUGGGGGGCGGAGCCCGAGGACCUUAUACGUGCGAGACCGGAAGUCAGAACCCCGGACUUAGGAGGCAAUGAUGGGCGAGGCAGUAAUCUGACGUCACGGACCCGAAGCAGGAAGUUGACAGCUGGGAAACCGGAAGUGGGCAAUGCGGAUCGGAAAGCAGAAACCAAGAAACAGCAGAACCGGAAGUCACUCUUCAGACGCCGAAAACUGAAUCAGGCCGCGCUCGAAGUGACGUCACUCGACCCUUCCCUGUUGCCCGGUAGACCGGAGCCGCACAUGUGGGAACCGGUAGCGGACGUGAGGCGCGUACACGUGACGAACCCGCGCGUCAGCCCGGCACACUGGGCUGACGUCCUCGCCCGAGUCCUGGCCCGGAACCUUACCGUGGCCGGAAGUGACGUCAUCGGGACUGUGCCUGUCCCUGCCCCCGUGGUCGCUGGGGAAAUGGACGACACCGCGAGGGGGGAAAUGGACGUCACCACGAGGAACGCAGAAGUCGGUGGUGUCUUAGUUCAGGUCACCCAAAACCCUGAUGGCAUCGCUGAUGUCAGAGAUAGUUAUGACGUCAUAGGCGCUGACAUCGCUAACGCUCCUAAUGUCACCUUCACCAGUGAGGCCACCGGCAAAGGUCAGGUCACCCACUCUUAUGACGUCACCAAUAGCACUGCUGCCAACACCACCGAGUUCAUCGACUUCUAUGAUGUCAUCAAUACUCCUGAUGUCAUAGACAGGGACGGCAUCAACGGCUCCCAUGUCGUCAUCAACGGUACUGACAUCAUCGUGGCCCCCAAUGCUACUGCCGCCAACGUCUCCGCCCCCAGCGCCGAGGAGGAGGAAGCGGAGACGGCAGAGGAGGAAGAGUCGGCGGAGGCCCCAUCCCUAAGGUUCUCUGGGCGCCAUGAUGUUAUCCAGGCUCCAUCCUCAUCCCCCACAUUCCGGUUCCAGCCGGAUUCGGAAUCGGGUUCCUCUGCGACUGGCGACUUCCAGCCGUUGAGACCAUUGCAGUUUUCUGUGUGGGGCACUUCGUCCAGUGCUUCUGCUUCUGGGUCCUCAGAGCAGCGGCCAUCGCGGGGUGGGGACUUCCGAUUAGGUCCGGUUAGCACCUUCCCGCCAGACCUGAAGGGGAGCAGGAGGCGGAAGCGGCCAUGGGAAUUUCUGCUGACAACUUCCAGUUUCACUUCCAAGUCAGGGGAAAACCCGGCCACGCCCACUGAUCACAUCACUGUGACCCCACUAAACAGGCGCGGGCGGAAGCGUUUGCAACACAGAAACCGUUUAAUCCCACACCCCACUUCCGGUCCUGUGGGGCCUGAGGAACUCCAGCUUCCUGUCCCCGAGGCCCCGCCCACGAAAGUGACUCCGCCUCGGCGGAAGUUGGGCAAGAAGGCGGGUAGGAGGCGUGGGACCGUGAGCCCCUUGAGCCUGUUGUGGGAACAGGAAGUUGUUGUUACCCACGGGGGCGGGCUCUCUGCCUCCCCUGCCCAUCAUGCCUGGUCAGUGACAUCACUUCCUGUUACGGCUCUGAGACAGGGCAGGGUCACAGGGGCUGUCCAAAACAUCACUGUCAUGUCCUCAAAUGAUGCUGUGACUAAGACAGCAACCUAUGAUGUCAUCGCAGCGACCAACGAUGACAUAAUGCCCCAUACCACGACCAGUGACGCCAUUGUGUUCUCAGAUGACGCUGUGACUGCGAUCUUGACCAAUGAUGUCACCACUCCCUCCGAUGACAUAAUGGGUAUCACGACUGAUGUCAGUGCUUUCUUGGAUGAUGUCAUGACUGAGACUGAACAUGAGGUCGUCCAUGACCUUGUGAGCCCCAACCCCGUGGUUGACCGCAUACCUGGCACCGCCACCAUUUUUUUCAAGGAGGAGACCGCCGGCGAUGUCAACCGUUGGGAUGACAUCGUGAGAAAUGAUGUCACCGCCGAGAACACCGUCAGUGCCACCGUGCCUCUCACUACCCCAGAUGCCGGCGAUGUCACCACUUCUGCCAUGGAUGAUGCCAUUGGCGAUGUUGUCCGGAAUUCAACAAAUGACAUCAUCGUUAUCACAGGUGUGGGUGACGUCAUUGCCCGCCCGCCCCCCGACAACCUCUCUGCUUCCGGUUCUGCUAAGGCCCUGCUCACUCCAGUGGACGUGCAGAUGUCAAUAUCAGAGGAGAUGACAUCGUUGAGGCCGCAACAGGAAGUCAUCUCCACGGCAACUAUAACCCCACCCCGUCUCCCAUCCGUUGUCAUGGCGGUGUCAUCCCGCCCAGUGAUCCCGCCUUUCUGGCCACGGAUCCACGGGCACCUUGGGCCCCCGGCACCACCCGCAUCUCGUGGUCUGCACCGCAUCACAUCACAUGACCCCGUGGGAGUGACAUCCCAGGGUUUGCGGGUCAUCCAUGUGCCCCGCGGGUCAGAUCUGCGCCUCCGCUGUGUGGUCGUGGGGGGUUCAUUCCCGCGCGUGCUGUGGCGGCUGCCAUCACGGAGGCUGCUGGACGCACACGCGAGCCCCGACUCCCGAGUCUCCGUGGCGCUCGAUGGCUCCCUGUCCGUGGCAUCCGUGACUGAGCAUGAUGCCGGCGACUACGUGUGCAUGGCGCGGAACUCAGCGGGUGACGAGUACACGGCCUUCACCGUCCACAUCCUCGUGGAAACCGACCCCGCGGCUCCUGGGUUCACAUCUAGGUUUGCUUCCAGGUUUCCAUCGAGGAAUUCGCACAUGGACCUUGUGGUCGUGGAUGUGCGCUACGGCGACACGGCUCGGCUCCCAUGCGCAGCGGCCCUGGCCCUGGAUUCACAGUCCACCGAGACCAUGUGGACGUCACCUGCGAGGAUGCCUGUGCUGGUGACACCAUCAUCCAGGAGAUACAGCAUGGACGCAGGCGGGACUUUGGAGAUCCGCGAGGCCCGACGUGCAGAUGCCGGAAACUACACGUGCACGGUGAGGACGGUGGCCGGUGACGUCGUCCACUCUGUGGCGCUGCUCCGUGUGGCCGUCCUGGGGCCCCGGAUCCACAGCGCUGUAGCAAAUGUGGUGGUGCCGCUGGGCGGUCGGACACAGAUCCCGUGCAGGGCUGAGGGUGUCCCGCCGCCCCGCGUGCUGUGGGCACUGCCUGGGGGCGUGGUGCUGCCCUCGCCGUUUGCGCCAUGGUCGCGACUGGCAGUGCUGGCAGAUGGCACACUGGAGAUCCGUGCGGUGCGGGCGUCGGACGCAGGGCUACUCGAGUGCAUUGCACGCAAUGAGGGUGGCGAGGCCCGUGUGGCCGUGCGCCUCACCGUGACCCCUGAACCCAGGGUUGUGGCCCCGACAACCACGCGGGAAUCUGUCACGGCUACAGCGGGACACACGAUCACGCUGCGCUGCCCAGGGUCUGCGUGGCUCCCACCCGGGUCACGUCUGCUUUGGCUCCUCCCUGAUGGUACAGAGCUGGUGGGCGGGCGUGACCGUGGCCGUUUCCACCACGGCGUGGAUGGUGCCCUCCAUGUUUCUGCACUGACAUGGGCAGAUGCCGGGAUUUACCGCUGCGCGGCUGCGGAUGCCUCAGGCAUCUACGUUGGCGCUGUGGCGCUAAGUGUGGGGUCAGGGUCUCCGGAUGCUCAGGCAGACGAUGCGGGGCACCUGAGGCACAUGUCAGGCGUGGAUGCUGUCCCCGUGGUCUCCGCCCAUGUGGGGAGCAGCGUGCGCGUGGCAUGCCGUGGUGUGGGGAACUCCGGUGCCCCGGUGACAUGGGAGCUGCCGGACCACACACAGGUGACGUCAUUAUCCACAACUUCGCGCUCAUCUCGCGCCCACGUGGACCCACGGGGGUGGCUUGCACUCUGGCCUGUCACGCUCAAGGACACCGGGCUUUAUCGCUGCUGGGUGCCAGGCAGCGGCAAUGUCGCCAGGGCUGUGUUUGUGCACGUGGACUGAGCCUGUCUCCCAUGGAAUGGACGCCGCCAUGCUCGUGCUCAGGGAAACCGUGCCCGCCCCUCCCCCGCCAUGACACAGGCUUCGUCCACAGUCUCCCAGUAUCCUUUGGGGCCGGAUGGGCGGGGCCUACGGCAACAUCACCAAUCAGUGUGAUGGGAACCCCAGGCCCAUGUCUCCCAUGAUGCUGUGCGGCGGCCUGCGGGAUUUCCCGGAGUCACAUCCAUGUUUUCAUGCCACUUCUGGGUCACUUCUGGUCCAUUUUCUGUUUACUUCUGGGUCACUUCCUGUUGACCUCUGGUCAGGAAGUUUUACAAUAAAACAUUUUUUUUUCCAGCAACAAA